UCACCCCCUCAAGGCCCAGGGUAUAUAAAGGGAAGCUCUCGACCCUCGGAGCAUCAGUCGGCAUUCGGAGACCAUUGGACGAGGACUUCUACGUCAGCCUUCUUCAGCGCCUGCUACUUGUCUCCUAACACCGCUAACUUAAGACGAUGGUGAACGCGGUGGUUAUGGUGAUGAUGGUGGUGAUGGUGGUGGUGGUGACAGCUCCCGCCACCACCACCGCCUCCCUGCUGCCCGGCGGAGGGUCAGGGAGCGGCACCCCCCAGCAUCGCGUGGUGGUGGGGGCGGGCGGCGAGGUGGGGCCGGAGUACCUUCACAACCUGGACAGCGAAUUGGUAACACUGCUCCGACGCUCCCUGCCCGAAGUGAGGGACGUGAGGAUAGUGGACGGACCCAGUGGCCCCCGCCUGGACAUGCCUCUGAGUGGUUGCCGGGAUUCCAUGGAUUGUCAUCAUCGGUUCACAAACUAUCUCGGCCUGCUCGUGAGAAUGAUGGAGACGGGGCGCAAGAGGAAGUAAAGAGGAAGAGGAAGAGGAGGAGGUGGUGAUCGAGGAGGUGAGAGGAGGAGGAGGUGGUGAUCGAGGAGGUGAGAGGAGGAGGAGGGAGAGACAGAGAUCGAGACAGAGAAGGAGGGAGAUGAAGGGAUAGUGACCCAUAUAACAUAGUGACCCUUUAAAUACUACCGUUUUCUUCACCUUCAAGAGAAAGAAAAUGGGAUAUGAUUGAGACGGAGGAGGAAGAAAGGAAGGAAAGGAAGAAGAAGAGGGACUUAAGGAAGAUGACGAGGAAGAGGAGGAAGAGGAAGAGGAAGAAAAUAAAGAGAAGAGAGAGGAAAAGAAAGGAGAAGUAAAGGAAAAGAAAAUGGGAUGAUUGAGACGGAGGAGGAAGAGGAGGAAGAAAGGAAGGAAAGGAAGAAGAAGGACUUAAAGAAGAUGACGAGGAAGAGGAGGAAGAGGAAGAGGAAGAAAACGAAGAGAAUAUAAAAGAGGGAGAGAGGAAAAAGAAAGGAAAGGAAGAGGAAUGAAGAGGAGGAGGAAGAGGGAGAGGAAGAAGACGAAGAGAAUAUAGAAGAGGGAGAAAGAAAGAGAAGGAGGAGGAGAAGAAGGAAGAAGAGGAGGAGAAAAAAAGAGGAAAGGAAAAACAAGAAAAAAAGGAAGAUAAGAAGAUUAGGAAGAUUAAGGCCUCCUCCUCCUCCUCCUCCUCCUCCUCCUCCUCCUCCCAGAAUGACGUAAGAAGAAGAGGAAGAGGAAGAAGAUUUAAAAAAAGGAAGAGAGGAAGACACCCCCCUCUUACCACCACCAAGAAGAAGAAGAAGAAGAAGAAGAAGAAGAAGAAGGAAGGAAGGAAGGAAGAGAAAGAUAGAGAGAAGAAAAGAAGAAGAAGAAGAGGAGGAGAAUAGAUAGAUAGAUAGAUAGGUAGACUAGAUAGAUAGAUAGAUAGAAAUAGAGAGAGAGAACUUAUAUAUAUUUUGUUAAACUACUACUACUACUACUACUACUACUACUACUACUACUACUACUACUACUACUAUUACUACCGCUGCUGCCGCUAUAGGAGGAGAAAUAAAAUACGGAGGAGAAAAACUAUAUAUGUGCAUGGAGGAAGAAAGGAAGGAGGGGAAGGAGAGGAAAUGGAGGGAGAUUUGAAUUUUUCCUCCUCCUUCUCUCCCUCCUUCCCUCCCUUCUUCUCUCCAAUCAUCUCUAUGUAAACUAUCAAUAUAAUUUUAGAUAUGCAAGA